GCCGCCCCCGGGAGUCCGCACUGCUCCGCGCGUAGCCGCCACUACAACUUGCUCGGCUGUUGGGCCCAGCGCGUCCGCCACCGCAGCCGCCUCCCCGCGCAGAUAUGGCCUCAGCUGCCACCCCCACGACGGUGAAGAUUGGAAUAAUUGGUGGAACAGGCCUGGAUGAUCCCGAAAUCUUGGAAGGACGAACAGAAAAAUAUGUUGAUACUCCAUUUGGCAAGCCUUCUGAUGCCUUGAUUUUGGGGAAGAUAAAGAAUGUUGACUGCGUCCUCCUUGCCAGGCACGGGAGACAGCACACCAUCAUGCCUUCCAAAGUCAACUACCAGGCGAACGUGUGGGCUCUGAGGGAGGAGGGCUGCACGCACGUGCUGGUGACCACCGCCUGCGGCUCCUUGAGGGAGGAGAUCCAGCCCGGCGACAUCGUCAUUAUCGAUCAGUUCAUCGACAGGACCACCAAAAGGCCUCAGACCUUCUAUGAUGGAAGUCAUUCCUGUGCCAGAGGAGUAUGCCAUAUUCCUGUGGCUGAGCCAUUCUGCCCCAAAACGAGAGAGGUCCUCAUAGAGACUGCUAAAAAGUUAGGGCUCCGGUGUCACUCAAAAGGGACAGUGGUCACCAUUGAGGGGCCUCGCUUUAGCUCCCGGGCGGAAAGCUUCAUGUUCCGCGCCUGGGGGGCAGAUGUUAUCAACAUGACCACGGUUCCUGAGGUGGUUCUUGCUAAGGAGGCUGGAAUUUGCUAUGCAAGUAUCGCUAUGGCGACGGAUUACGAUUGCUGGAAGGAGCAUGAGGAAGCGGUUUCAGUGGACCGGGUCUUAAAGACCCUGAAAGAAAAUGCCAAUAAAGCGAAAAGUUUACUCCUCACUACCAUACCUCAGAUAGGGUCCAUGGAAUGGUCAGAAACCCUCCAGAACCUGAAGAAUACAGCCCAGUUUUCUGUUUUAUUACCAAGACAUUAAAAUAGCAUGGCUGCCUAGAAGACCAGAAGACUUUCAUUUGGGAAAUUUCUGCUUAACUUGGAAAAAAACAUGGAAAGACAUGCAGCUCUCAUCCCCCUGCCUGCUAAGGAAGAACAUGACAAGACAUGCACAUAUCAGAGAUGCCUUCUAGGAGGUUUGGAGUGCUUCAGAAAACAGAAGGAAAGCAACUCACCAGUAAAUAUGGAAAAAUUCUUAUACUUUAGGAAAAAAGACAAGACCCCAUUUACCCUUCCACCAAUAAAUUUGUAAUAAUAAAGGGUGGGAGGUAACAUCCAGUUUCCCAUGUUACCAAGGAACUAUGAAGAAGAACUAGAAUUCUUGGGCUAUUUGUUAGUGUAACUGAAAAUUCAUACAGUCUUUCUGGAGGGCAGUUUGGUAAAAUAUAUCAAAGGUCUUAAAAAUACACUUUGUGCUGGUUACUCUACUCCUAGGACUUUAUCUUUAAAAAAUUAUCAGAUACAAAGAAUUAUGUACAAAGGAGGAUGUCUAAUAUAGUUUUAGUUAUAAUAACAAAUGUAAAACAGUCUGAAUAUCCAACAGUUGGAGAUAAAUUUUUACCUAGCUCUAAUUAGACUAUGAAGCAACCAACUGAAGAUCAUGUUUUCACAUAUUUAAUGUCCUAAAGAAAAUGACUGCUCUAUCAUAUGAAAUGACAAAAGGAUAUGUGUAAGCAUUUUACAUUGCUAAUUUUGUCUUUAAAUUCUUUUUGAUGUGCAAAAAGACUAGAAAUGAAUAUAUAAUCUUUUGUUACUGUAUAUGGGGGAGGGACACAAUUGUAAUUUUAUUUUUCUGUAUCUUCACAUUUUUCUACAGUGAAUAUAAUCAAAUGGUAAAGCUGUCUUAAAAAUAAAUAAAAAAGACUCAGUUCUUGAAAACACAAAUGUAAUGAUACAAAAUUUAA